GCUACAUCACAGAACUCUAUGGCAUGCAGAAUGUUGUGGCAUUCGACGUCAGCCGCUUAGCUUCCUCCCCAAACUAUCAAGGGAGCGGGCCGAAAAUUUUGAAAGUUACCUUGGCUACGCCGGAGAUGGCAUCAAUGGCAAUUAACGUGUGGUACCACAGCAGAAGGCUAGGACCACCAGAAGUACGACUGAGACCAUUCCUGCAAGCAGUACAGACCACUGGUACAGUUGAGUCAGACCUGGCUUUUCCGACCAUAGACCAGCCAAGCGUGCAAACACUCGUGUCAAAAAACGUGGGCAGACCGGCACUGUUUGUGCCGGUCAAACACAGCGAACCCACCUCCUAAUGCGGCAACAAAUGCAAUGCUGCUACACAAACGCCCAAGGGCUUUACUCCAAGUUGCCGGAAUUGCGCCAUCGGCAUGAAGCAGCAACUUGGGACAUCAUAGCAUUAACUGAAACCUGGCUCUCAAACGAGAUUUUGGAUCCAGAAAUUGAACUUAGUGAAAUGUCAGUCAUUCGAAAUGAUCGUCCAUCUCGCGGUGGUGGCGUUGCUAUCUACUACCGAGAUCACCUGAAAUGUGAAGCUCUCACUGAGCAUUCCCUUAUUAUCCCCGACGCCUUAUUUUGCCGGCUGCAGCUAUCCGGUCCCGAUAGUUGUCCUCAGAAGAAGACACAUGAUGCUUGCCUCAUAGCAGUUGUCUACAGGCCGCCGAACUCCUCCGCCGACAGCGAUGAUAUUCUGUUAAAUGCUCUCCAAUAUGCUAUGUCGAAAAAGUACUCACACUACCUAAUAAUGGGUGACUUCAAUGUACCGUCAAUAGCAUCUGUGUUCCCAAGUGGGCCAUGCUUCAAAUCAAAACUCCUUGAGUUCUUGACUAUGGCAGUUUUGUAUAACCAUGUGGAUCAACCAACCAGACACCGCGGUUCAAACAAGCCUUCAAUACUUGAUUUAAUCCUGACUAAUGAGGAGUUAAUGGUUGAGUCGGUUUCAUACAACCCCCCGCUAGGUUGUAGCGAUCAUUCAGUUCUAACGUUUGAUUAUGUGUGUUAUGCCAGUAUGGUUGACAAAGAACCAGAAACCCGACGAUUCAUCACCAACUAUUCCAAGCUUCACACUAUAGCGACAACCGUUGACUGGGACCUCCAGAUGCACACUUCGGCGAAUGAUGCCUGGCAAGUGUUGAAAGGCAAGAUAAACUGGGUCCUACAAUCAGCUUCAAAAGACGUACCAUUACGAGUUUCGCGACGGAGCAACAACUGGAUCCGGAGUAGAACACGUAAGUGGUUGAAUAGGCGAGACGAGGCUUGGAGGGGUCAUUUGCUAGGUCCAAGUGAUAUCACGUGGAAUCAUUACAAAACAGUCAGAAACUACUGCACUUCACUCCUUAGGGCUGACAAGUACGAAUGGCAGGAAACUAUGGUACACAAAUUUACUAGCAAUCACAAACUGCUCUACCGGUAUGUGAAUGACAAAAGGAAGGUUAAGACGGGAAUACCACCACUAGAGACGGUCAAUGGCCUAACGGUUACUGAAGAGGAGACCGCGGACGCAUUGCUCAUGCAGUUUGUCUCAGUGACUAGACACACCAUGGAACCAUCGCCUUGCUACAUCCCAGCAAAUGUCGUCGGCUUAUCCACGGUCAACUUUAGCCCUACAUCUGUGGCAAAGAAAUUACAGUCGCUCAGGGAAAAUAGUGCGCCGGGAAUUGACAAGAUUUGUCCGAAAGUACUUAAAACCCUUGCACCCACCAUGGCAGUCCACCUUGCAACCUUUUUCCAGUUUCUAUUUGAUUCUCAUACACUUCCGUCUGAGUGGAAACGUGGACUUAUCACUCCGAUAUACAAGGGAGGUAAGCGGUCAGACCCUGCCAACUACCGACCUAUUACUCUCCUUCCUGUUCUAUCAAAAGUGAUGGAGUCUAUAAUCGCUGAUGAAAUGGUGAGAUAUUUUGAAAGUCUACAAAUCAUCUCCAACCUCCAACAUGGAUUCAGACGCGGACGAUCUUGCCUCACCAAUCUACUACUUGCUCGGGACUCAUGGACCAGGGCUGCUGACGAGGGAGUUCCCGUAGAUGUGAUUUACUUAGACUUUUCUAAGGCAUUCGACAGAGUCAAUCACCCAGCACUUCUCCGAAAGCUUGCGGCCUAUGGUAUCCACGGAUCCUUGCUUACAUGGUUGGAAAGUUACUUAUACGACAGAAGAAUCGAGGUAAGGAUCGCCAACACCCACUCCGAUAGUCUAUGCGUCACUAGCGGCGUACCGCAAGGAUCAGUUCUCGGCCCGUUACUCUUUUUAGUCUAUAUCAACGACCUCCCUGCCAACAUUCAAUCACCUAUGCAAAUAUUCGCCGACGAUGCUAAGAUGUGGCGAGCUAUUCAGUCAACAUCUGACCCUGUCUAUCUGCAGGAUGACCUGAACCGGAUUCACGAAUGGGCAGUAAGCAACCAACUACCCCUGAACCCCGAAAAGUGUCACCUGUUGUCGCUGCGCAGUAACUGCAGCAACACAUAUCACCUGGGGCAGCGCGUUAUAAAACAGGUGAGCAACGAAAGAGACUUAGGGGUCAUCGUGCAAGAAGGUCUGGGUAAUUCGCUCCAAUGUUCAAAGGCAGCUAACAUAGCGAACUUAAACUUGAGGCUUUUGAGGCGAGCGCUCGGUACCUUCGAGCGGCAACUCGUGCCAUUAUUGAUUAACGCCUACAUUCGUCCCCACCUCGAGUAUGCGGUGCAGGCAUGGCGUCCGUGGUUAAAACGGGACAUUCGUCUCCUGGAGCAACCACAAAGAAGAGCCACUAAGGCAACACGUGGUCUAUCGGGCCUUAGUUAUGAACUGCGCCUUCGUUCGAUCGGUCUGUACUCCUUAGAAUACCGACGACUUCGCGGUGAUCUGAUCCUCACUUACCGGAUACUAAGAGAAGAGGACCAUCCAUGUAAGUCGCUGUUAACAUUAUCUGCCGACAAACGAUGCCGAGGCCAUGCACUAAAACUUGUGACUCAAUAUUCCCGUUUAGAUUGUAGAAAGUUUUUUUACUCUCUUAGUGUCUGUCCGCACUGGAACGCACUGCCAUCGCAUGUGGUUAACGCACCAAACAUCGAGACAUUCGAAAGACUAUUGGACUUGCACUUACAUGAUACACAUUAUAUAACGGUAUGACAAACUGCAGUGUCUAACUUACUGAUAUUUUUGUGUCACACCUGAAACUUUUGUUUUCUUCCAUUUGCCAUCCUGUGGGUCUUGUAAAGUUAUUGCUUUUUAUCCCACCAUACACUAUUGAACUAUUGAAC